CUAUCGUUUCAUCGACUGACAACUCUGUGGCUGACAAAAAGUUAAUGUUAAUUUUUUUACAAGAGCGUGCGUGCAGUGCCCAGCCAACAAUAAAAAGAUUGUUGAGAUUGCUUCGCGCAACUCACCGGAAAGAGAGCGCCAUAACCCAGGGACGCCUGUGCCUGUGCCUUCACCUAUACUACUCAUUCCCACAGACGCCGACGUCGACGUUGACGCCGACGCCGACCCCCCAACGACAGCAAAAUGUCCGACUACAGCGACUUGGACCGCCAAAUCGAGCAACUGAAGCGCUGUGAAAUCAUCAAAGAGAAUGAGGUGAAGGGCUUGUGCGCCAAGGCUCGCGAGAUUCUCGUCGAGGAGGGGAACGUGCAGCGUGUGGACUCCCCAGUGACGGUGUGCGGUGACAUACACGGCCAGUUCUACGAUUUGAAGGAGCUGUUCAAGGUGGGCGGUGAUGUGCCCGAAAAGAACUACCUAUUCAUGGGGGACUUUGUGGACCGCGGAUACUACAGCGUUGAAACAUUCCUGCUCCUGCUGGCCCUUAAAGUGCGCUAUCCGGACCGCAUCACAUUGAUACGCGGCAAUCACGAAUCUCGCCAGAUCACCCAGGUGUAUGGCUUCUAUGAUGAGUGUCUCCGCAAAUAUGGCUCUACUGCCGUAUGGCGAUACUGCACGGAGAUCUUUGACUACCUCAGCCUGUCGGCCAUCAUCGACGGCAAGAUAUUCUGCGUCCAUGGCGGACUCUCGCCCUCCAUUCAGUAUUUGGAUCAGAUCCGUAGCAUCGAUCGCAAGCAGGAGGUUCCGCACGACGGCCCUAUGUGCGAUCUGCUAUGGAGCGAUCCCGAAGAUCAAACCGGCUGGGGUGUAUCACCACGCGGUGCCGGCUAUCUCUUCGGUUCGGAUGUUGUCUCACAGUUUAACAGGACCAACGAGAUCGAUAUGAUAUGUAGGGCCCAUCAGCUGGUCAUGGAGGGGUUCAAAUGGCAUUUCAACGAAACCGUCUUGACCGUGUGGUCGGCACCAAACUAUUGCUACCGUUGCGGCAAUGUGGCUGCCAUUUUGGAACUAAACGAGUACCUGCAUCGUGACUUUGUCAUCUUCGAGGCGGCACCACAGGAGAGCCGGGGCAUACCAUCAAAGAAGCCCCAGGCUGACUAUUUUCUUUAAGACUACAACCACAGCCACAGUCACAGCACACCCACUACCGUAAGAGCAGUAGCACCGGAAAGUACCAAGGACUUGCCUGGCUCCUCCGAACUUUACCUUUGACAUCCAUGGCGCCCGUUGUACGUUUUUCAUGGGACGGUGCGUGUGUGUCCGUGUGGCCUAGAACGCCUCGAUUUUGUUAACCGGAAAACAACAACAACAAAUCCAAACGAAAAUGAACUGCCUGCCUUCCCAAGCAACAACAAACGUGAAGAGCAAUUUCGAAUGCAACAGAAAAUUAAUUUUUAGAUUAAAUUUAGCUAAGGAGAUCAUCCCAGUCGGGGAUGAGCCACAGAAGGAGCCCUCAUCUGCAUCUGCAUCCGCACGUCCCUGUCCUGCUUUGGCAGCAGAAAAAUACCCUUCCAAAUAUAACUUUAGCUCAUAGUACACUGUUUUGAGUUGUUUUUUUUCAUGUCCCAGUACUUUUUUUCGCCCCUCAGCGUUUUCUAUUUUUUUUUUUUGUAACAAUGAUCGUGUGCGUGGAUGUCAUUUGGUCUGUGACUGUGUGUGCGCAUCGUAGAGACCAAUACCCUAGGACGCGCAUGGAUUUUGCGCAUUAUAUUAAGAUAAUAUUUAUUAAAACUAGAUAAGCCCGGCCUCCAGCUCCUGUGAAUUCGCUUGGUGAAAGCAGCAUAACCAGCAACACCAUCAUCUCUUGCUGUCGACGCUGCUGUCUUCACAAAGCGAAUUAUCCAGGAUCGGCUGGCAGGCAACGUACUAUGAGAAAUAAUAGAAACGAGACGAUGGAAGGGCUAGUGCUAGAGCCUUGUAUGCAGCGCCAGCGCCUUUGUGCUGGGCCAGAAUUGCUAUUCGCAAUUUCGGGAAUGAGAGAAGAGCGGAAUAGAGGAUAAUGUGUACGUGUAGCAUAACUUUAGUGCGUAAUCGUAACUGUAAGUGCGACCCAGAUUGGGACAUUAUAUAAAAACCACUAUAUAUACACACAAAUAUACAAAUAUUUGAAAAUAAAGCGUAUUCUAAGCAG